UUUAUUUACCCGUUUAUUUAAAUGUAAACAAUGUAACGUUAGCAUUGCUAUUUGAAAAAAAGAAUACAGUAACUUUCGAUUAAAUAUUCUCAGGUGUUGGUAUUUCCCAGCCUACAUCCGACGAGACGCGAGGUUACGACCAACAGCAUUGGCAGUCAUCAUAAGUUAAAACUAAACUAGAAGUAUAUCUAAUUUAUCAGUUAGCUAGCUAGCUCAGGGAUUGAUUUACAAUGGAAGAGGUAGUAAUCUGAACGUGUGCUAGCCACAUCACUUUUCUGCUCUGCAAACUGCUCGUUUGUUGCUAUACCAAAUGGUGCAAGUCAAGUUGCUCAACGCAUGCUAGUAACAGCAGUACUAGCUAGCUACGUUUUUGUUGCUUGAUGAUGCGACUUUGUUUUCUAGUAGGCAUCUACCGUUAGCUAACUGGCCAGCGCUAGCUAGCUAGGUGAAUGAAAAUACAAUAAAUUAGCUGCUGUAAUUUGGUUUGCAAGUAUUUUUAGUUUGAACGGUUUCUUUACUGAGAAAUGGACCCGUCCAGCCCGUCUCCACCCUGCUCCACUAAACCCCAACCCACGGUGUCCCCGGGUCAUGAAAGUAACCAUGGCGACCAGGAGGACAGUAACCACGGUGAUCAGAAAGGCACACCGCAGGGUCAGGAGAGGGUUACUGUGAGUCUGGACAUCAACAGUGAAACACCAACAUUUAAUAUCGUAGUCAAAGAAGAAGAAGACUGGGAACUAGAUAAUACAGGAGAGAGUCCUAGCCAUCACUCUGCAGCCAGGGAGAGACCCUCUAUAUCAGGAGAACCUGAACAACACCAGAUGAAACGCAGAACGAGGCAGAAAAAGACCCACCCAUGCCCAGAUUGUGGGAAACACUGCCAGACAUUAUUGGCGCUACAAAUACACCAGCGAACCCACACAGGAGAGAAGCCUUAUACCUGCUCUGAGUGUGGGAAGGGCUUCACCUAUCAAUGUAGUUUGAGAUGCCACCACCAGAAGAAACAUUCUGAACAGAUUAAAACCGAACCGGAUGACAAGAUUGGCUGUUGUUGUGGACAAGAGUUCUCUUCCAAGAAUGUUCUGGAGGUUCACUUGAAGACAAACACUGGAGACAAGCCUUACACCUGCUGUGUGUGUAAGAAGACCUUUACUCAUAAAGCAUUACUGAAAGUACACCAGCGAUCCCACACAGGAGAGAAGCCUUUCUCUUGCUCUCUGUGUGAGAAGAGUUUUACUCAAAAAGGAAAUUUGACAACGCACGAGAAGUCGCACGCCGGAGAGAAACAUCCUUGCUCAGUCUGUGGAAAGAGUUUCACUCAGAAAGGCUAUCUGAAGAUUCAUCAGCGGCUUCACUGUUCUGAAGGGGAGUUGAGUUCCUCUGUAUCAAGAGCACUUGAACACCGACAGAGGAGAGCUAAGGCGACUCACAGAUGCCCAGACUGUGGGAAGGAGUUCCCUCAAACAUAUUACCUGGACCGACACAUGAGAACACACACAGGAGAGAGGCCUUACCAGUGCUCUGUGUGUGGGAUGAGUUUCACGCAGAAAGGAAAUUUAAAAACGCAUCAGAAAGUGCACACUGGAGAUUAUCCCAGCUCCUGGUCCACUGGUGAGGGGAGUCCCUGUACAUCGGGAGAAGCUGAACAACACCAGGAGAACCAGGCGGACGUCACAUCUCACGGCUGCCUCGUGUGCGGCGAGGAACACUCUAACCUCCCAGAACUACACAAACACAUGAGAUCUCACUCGGGAGAAAAGUGCCUCGUCUGCCCUGUGUGUGGCAAGACUUACCCCAGAGAAUUUGACCUCAAAGUCCACCUCAGAACACACACAGGUGAGAAACCCCACAAGUGCAUUGAAUGCGACAAGAGCUUUGUUCGUAAACAAGGGCUCCGGCAGCACCAGAGGACACAUGACGCCAAGCCCAUCGGACCGACCCGCCAGUUAGGCAGGCCAAAGCACUUAACCAGGGCUCAAAUGUCCAAGAAAGUGCCAAAGAUGGAGAGUGAUACGGAGAUGCAGGACUGCCAGUACUAUGACAAUUAGCCGCGACUUUGAGUUCUUCUUCUCGCUGAAGCUGUGUCUGUGUUGUCACCAUCUCUGAUCAGUUAGAUAAUCAUGCUAACGCUCACUCAUCUCAUCAAUCAACAUAUUAUGAGCAACAAAAAGGGGGGGCCAAUUUUUCAUCAAUGCUGUGAUGGUGCUAAGAAAUCAACCUUGUAGCCCACUUGUGAAAUGUUCCUCACUGAGAAUAACCAUGUCAUGAUUAAUAAAGUAGCAUUCUGGUUA